GACACGGACGUCUUUGUAUCGACUAGAUCUCACGAUAUCAUCACAACAGCGAACGGCCCGUCACUUUAGAAUUAUGUCCCUAACGAGCGGGUAGUGAUCACUGGAAUUAUUAAAACAUAUUUAUUAUUUGUUUACUAGUGCUAUAAAAAUGGAAGCCUUAAAAUGUGUUUUGUUUUUCUUGACCGUUGCAAACUGGUGUGAAUCCGCGAACAUUUUGUAUGUGGUGCCGUUUACUUCGAAAUCUCAUUAUAUUAUGCUGAAACCUAUCGGCUUGGAGCUGGCGAGAAGAGGACAUAAUGUGACUGUUAUAACUGGCCACAGGGACCCGAACCCACCGCCGAAUUAUCGCCAAGUUAUGGUCGAUGAGAAGGAAAUUUGGGAUGUUAUAGGAGGAAGACCGAAUGUUUUUGACAUGGCGCAGACAUCAACGGAGGAGUUCCAUUAUAAUAUUCUGUGGAAAGGAGGACUAGCUUUCAUGGAGGUCGUAUUGGACUCAAAGGAAGUCAAAGCUUUCCUUGCUGAAGACAACAAAUUCGACUUAGUUAUCAACGAACAAUUCUAUCAAGAAUCACUCAAUGUCUUAGCUCACAAGUACAAUGCUCCUUUAGCUUUAGUUACCACCUUCGGGAACUGCAUGAGGCACAAUAUCCUAGUAAGAAACCCUCUACAGUUAUCGACAGUGAUCUCAGAAUUUCUGCCCCUUGAAGAUCCUACAUCAUUUUAUGGAAGACUGAGAAACCUCUACUUCACCGUCUACGAGUACAUUUAUUGGAGAUACUGGUAUAUGAAUGAACAAGAGAGGUUCGUGAAGAAGUAUAUUAAGGGAUUACCGGAGCCAGUGCCUUCGUUGUAUGACUUGCAAAGGAAUGCCUCGUUGAUGCUGAUGAACAGUCACUUUAGUUUCGAUACCCCUGCGGCAUACCUCCCAAAUGUCGUAGAGAUUGGCGGAUCACAUUUAAUAAGGAGUAACACUACUCUUCCAGCGGAUCUCCAAAAAGUAUUAGACAAUGCCAAAAAUGGUGCAGUGUAUUUGAACUUCGGAUCAAACGUGCGGAGUGCAGAAAUGCCUGAAGACAAAAAGAACGCCAUCAUAAACGUGUUCAGGAAACUCAAACACACCGUUCUAUGGAAAUGGGAAGACGACCACUUUAAGAACAAACCUGACAAUUUAAUAAUCAGGAAAUGGAUGCCGCAGAAAGAGAUUCUGGCUCAUCCUAAUGUUAAAGUGUUCAUAUCCCACGGCGGACUAAUAGGAACACAAGAAGCCACGUACAAUGGAGUCCCACUGAUAGGCAUACCAAUAUACGGGGAUCAGUUCAACAACUUGUUGCAAGCCCAAUCCUUUGGGUAUGCGAAAAUAUUACAAUACAACGACAUCAAUGAGGAGAACUUAUAUAAACUGUUACAUGAAGUGCUAACAAACGAUUCGUAUGCAAAAAAUGCUAAAGAAAUGUCUAGACGUUUCCAGGACCGACCCAUGAGUCCUUUAGAUACAGCUAUGUAUUGGAUAGAAUAUGUUAUAAGGAAUAAUGGUGCACAUUACUGGAAGAAUCCCGCUUUAGAAUUGAGUUGGAUCGCUGCAUAUAUGAUAGACGUUUAUUUAUUCAUUUUCGGUGUGACUCUUUUGUUUUUGUACGUUGUUGCAAAAGUGGUGUCAAUUGUUUUGAGUGCUUUUAGUGGUAAGAAGACUAAAAAACAAAAGACGAAGCGAUCGUAAUAAAUAUUGUUAGAUUUUAA